GGGGGAACAGCAGGUCUGACUAUUGCCGUACGGCUGGCAGAGCAAAACUACCAGGUGGCGGUGGUCGAAGCAGGAGGUUACUACGAGUACCUUUAUCCACUCGCUCGAAUUCCAGGAGCUUGCAGUCUUGGGGCCGGCGCGGAUGUUCAAACCACAACCCCAAUCGACUGGGGCUUCGUAGCACACGGUGUGCAGGGCGCAAAUUUCCGUGACAUUCAUUACCCAAGGGGAAAGUGCCUGGGCGGGUCGUCUGCAUCAAAUUUUAUGAUAUACCAAAGGCCGUCUGCACAAUCUAUGGCAGUCUGGGCCGAGCUUGUCAACGACACCAGUUACCGCUUCGAAAAUGUACUACCAUUCUUCCAGAAGACCGUCUCCUUCUCACCGCCAGUGGGAACUCGCUUCGCGAAUGCUACUCCACUAUACAACGCCAGUGCCUUUGACAAGGAUGGGCAACCACUACAAGUCUCCUACCCGAAGUAUGCAACGCCAUUUGCCACGUGGGCGAAACAAGGGUUUAAUGAGCUCGGCAUCGAAGAAGUGCAGGAUUUUAACAGUGGCUCCCUGCUAGGUCAUCAAUUCUGUGCAAUGACAAUCCAACAAUCGGAUGCAUCUAGAAGCAGCUCGGAGUCUGCUUUUCUGCAUACAGGCUGGAGAUCUGGCUCAUGGAUCGUGUAUCAAUUUGCCAUGGCAAAGAAAAUCUUGUUCAACCCUCGAAAUCGAGCCACUGGGGUGGUAGUUCAACAAGGAACCCAGUUUGUGUUGACGGCCAGACGAGAGGUGAUCAUCUCAGCGGGCGCAUUCCAAUCGCCACAGCUUCUGAUGGUUUCUGGGAUUGGCCCUGCCGAGGUUCUCAAUACUCACGGCGUCAAUCUCAUCGUCGACCUGCCUGGGGUUGGUCAGAAUAUGUGGGAUCAUGUGUUCUUCGGUCCAUCUUACCAGGUUGAUUUGCCCACCUUGGGGAUGCUGGAUAACCAUAUAUUCUCUCUGCUGAGAGAAGGGCUAGCAUGGCUCUUCGGGGGCAACGGACGCUUAACAAAUCCAUCGGCAGACUAUAUUGCAUUCGAAAAGCUUCCGCAGGCAUCUCGCUGUGCAUUUUCUGAGGUCAAUGAGAAAGAUCUGGCUUGGUUUCCGGGUGAUUGGCCGGAAGCUGAAUACCUCGUAGGAUCCGCAUUUACGGGAAACUUCUCGAACCCGUAUGCACAACAACCUCGGACUGGGAGAUAUGCCAGUAUUGUCGCAGUUCUAGGGGCUCCAACAUCACGAGGGAAUGUGACUAUUGUGUCAUCUGAUACCGCGGAUGCGCCAGUGAUAAAUCCGAAUUGGCUGGGGACCGACACUGAUCAGAAAGUUGCGGUCGCUGCGUACAAACGCGCCCGUGAGGCAUUCCGCACCCAAGCAAUGACUUCUGUAAUCACGAGGCAGGAGUAUCUCCAUGGAAUCAGUUCUCAGACUGAUAAGGAGAUCUUAGAUAUCAUCAAAAACACUAUGAUGACCAUUUAUCAUGCAUCGUGUACAUGCAAGAUGGGUGUUCAGAACGACAGCAUGGCUGUUGUGGACAGUCGAGCAAGGGUGUUUGGUGUCACGGGCUUGCGAGUCGUUGAUGCCAGCGCAUUUCCGAUUCUCCCACCGGGCCAUCCACAGUCUGUAGUCUACAUGCUAGCAGAAAAGAUUGCAGCCGAUAUUGCUACCGACGGGAGAAGUGAGGACUCUCGGGUUUUCAGGGCAAACGACGAGUAG